CAGCCAGGAUGGCUCUGUGGUCUCUGUCCCUUCUGGUGGUGGUGGUGGUGGCGGUGGUUGUUCUUCGGGAGAGCUGCUUCGGUGCCUCCUCCCACUCCAUGAAGUAUUUCUACGCCUCCAUCUCGGAGCCCAGUCAGGGGCAGCCCUACUUUGUCUUUGUGGGGUAUGUGGACGGUCAGGUCUUUGUUCACUACGACAGCCACAGCCGGAGGAUGAAGCCUCGAGUCUCCUGGAUGGAGAAGGUGGGGAAGGAGGAUCCCGAGUACUGGGACAGAAACACCCAGAUGGCACGUGCCCAAGAGGAGAUGUUCAGAGAAAACCUGGAGAUUCUGAGGAGUCGCUACAACCAGAGUGAAGGACUUCACAUAAUACAGUGGAUGUAUGGGUGUGAGCUCCGGAGAGACAGAAGCAAAAGAGGGUUUAUGCAGUUUGGCUACGAAGGGAGGACCUUCCUCACCUUCGACAAGGAGACCCUCACCUGGGUGGCUCCCGAUCCUCUAGCCCAGAUCACCCAGAGGAAAUGGGAUCAUAUUGCAGGAUUGAAUCAGAGAGACAAGUCCUACCUUGAGAAUAUCUGCAUUGAGUGGCUGGAGAAGCACCUGUCCUAUGGGAAUGAGACCCUGCUCAGGAGAGAGCCUCCGAUGGUGACGAUGAGCAGCAGAUCGGAGACCGAGGAUGGGAUGGAGACGCACAUAUGCCGUGUGGAUGGCUUCUACCCGAGGGAGAUCGAUGCUUCCUGGAGGAGGGACGGGGAGGAAUGUCUGGUUGACACCCACCAUGGGUUUCUGGCCCCCAAUGCGGAUGGGACCUACCACUACUGGCUCAGUAUCCGGAUCGACCCCAAAGAGAGGGGCCGCUAUCGCUGCCACGUGGAGCAUGACAGCCUGCAGGAGCCUCUGGACUUGGAACUGAAGGAACCAAAAUCCAACCUGGGGCUCAUCAUCGGCUGUAUUGUGGCUGCUCUUGUCCUGGUGUGUGUGAUUUCUGGGACUUUGAUAUUCUUCACAAGUGACAAAGGAUCCCAGACUUCAGACCAGGGAAGCAACCAGGUCAUUUAGCUGCCCCCUCGCAGCACGAGUGGACAGUCCCAGCAAGAGGAGAGAGGGGAGAAGAUGGGAUCGACCUUCCUCUGAAUUAGGCCGGACACUCAGGAGGAGCCCUUCAGGGCCUUCCAGCAUGCAGGAACCAGGAUGUAUUUUGGGUCUUUCGUGAUGGCUUUUAUCAUCGAAUCAGUAACCGUUUUUAUUUUAAUUGAGGAAGAGAAGAAGAAAGAAAAUCUUAUGUGUUUAUAAUCGUGGGAUCAAAAGGACUCAACUUGGGUUUAGUAGAUAUUUAUUUAAUUAUAUAUAUCCUGCCGAAGGUAUCAAAGAUACCCAACACAUCUUCCUCCUCCUAUUUUCCCCACAAAAACGACAACCCUGUGAGGUGAGUUGGGCUGAGAGGGAGUGAUUGGCCCAAAGUCACCCAGCUGCCUUCCAUGGCUGACACAGGACUUGAACUCACGGUCGCUUUCUAGCCUGCUGCCUUCACCACUAGGCCAAACUGCCUUGUAUAGCUUAUAAUGGCUUUGUAACAUAGCUUGUAGCAGCUAUUUCUGUUAUUUCCGAGGACCUUUAAUGGGCUCCUGCUGAGUGAGUAACAGGUUUUAGAGAAGGCUUCGUGGAGAAUGGGGGGAGGAGUAGGAUGAAGAGUUGCUGCUUUUACUUUAUAAGGGAGAUAGUUAAACUGUUAAUCUCCAUCAUACGUGCUUGGAUUGAAAGGGGAGUUUUUUCCCCAUCUCUUUAUUUUUUUUCCUAUUAAUUGUAUAAUAGAUAGUAUGUAUAAUGCAGACUUGUCAAACUGGAUGGAUACUGUUGUGGCUCCGUUACCUGAGCCUGUGUCAUCGGCAGGAGAGGACUCCGAGAGUGAAGGAGAGGAGUUGGCAAGGCCUCCCUCUCCAGGACCCUCCUCUCUGGCAAUGCCUUCGGUGUCCGCCGAAGAGCAAGAGAUAGGGCCGGGGCCAAGCACGUCCACGCAGCCACAGAUGGACAGUGAUGAGGGUAAUAAGUCUUGGCUGGACCCACGCCAGCGCCGCAGAGAUAAGCGCAUGCAACAGAAGAAAGGGCGUGCCCGAGAUUAGGCUGAGUCACUGGACCACACCCCACAGGAUAUAAAAGGGAGCGUGGUGGCCAGUCAAACCUUGUGACGAACAAAGCUGAAAGCUUCCACGCCAUUCUGCAUUGCCGGACUUUUGCUUUAAGACUUUGCUGGAAGUAUCUCUGGACUUGAUUUAAUUCCGUAAUUAUUGAAUGCUUUCCUUUGAUGUAUUAGAAGUGGGGAGAAGUCAUCUCUCCUCUUUGUAAAUAAUAAACUCUUGGCAGGCAGCCACUAGGUUGUUGCCAAGUUCCGUUAUCAUAAGGAAAAAGAU